UCCACUGAUCGAGUUGAGAAAUUGACACUAGGCUUUGCCUGAAGGACACGAAUUUGAACAUCUCCACUACCGAAAUCCCCUCAAGGCAGCUCCCCAUUUCCUUCUGCAAGGCCUAUACCUCGACGGAGUUCAAUCAUGUUUGCUUUUGCAGAGCUCGUUUUCCUGCCUCUGAUUCUGCUAAUUCCAGCUCACGAGGCUAAUACUGACAUUUCGUGCGAUGGAGUAUGCGAACAUGGUCAAUCGCACACAACACACGAUGCCUGCCAAUGUUUGUGCAGCGACGGUUGGCAAGGCGACAGAUGUGAUGAAAAAUGUCUGGACGCACGCGGACAGCAAGCCUGCCGUGGCUACGCUGGUCUAUGCGCCGAUAAACGAUACGAGGAGUUCCUAGCCACCAACUGCGCGGCAACCUGUGGAUUCUGUGAAAAAUAUGGACCAAGUUCAGAGGGUUUUGUGUGUGAUCUAGACUGCGGUGAGCCCGGUGGGACUUUAAACACCGAGGACUGUGUCUGUGAGUGCGCCAAUGGCUGGCGGGGAAGGUUGUGUAACGAAAAGUGCGAAGACCAGAGCGAGAAAUGCAGCCUGUGGGGGAAGUAUCAAUGCAGUUCCCCGCCCGUGGCCAAUUUGUGCCCGGCAAUGUGCGGCGAAUGCGCUGCCUUUGGGCCAGGUUCACCCGGAUUUGUUUGUCGUCUCGACUGUGUCAACGGAGGAACGCUGAUUGCCAAUGACGAAGAAUGCAGAUGCGCAUGCGCUAAAGGCUGGGAAGGGAGCCAAUGUGAAAUUGUGUGUCAAAAUCACUAUGAACUGUGUGAGCCGGAUGACAACCAGCCUAACCGUGGCUCGUAUACCAAGCAACAAUGCUCCACUGAUUUCGUCUACGACAAAUGUCAUCUACUGUGCGGGCGAUGUGAGAAGUUUGGUCCUAGUUCGCCGGGUUUCGAGUGCACACUGACGUGCGGUAACAGUGGGGUCCUGACUAAUGACGACACUGGCUGCUUCUGCACAUGCGCAGAGGGCUGGGAGGGUGUCAGGUGUGAAGAUUCUUGCGAGGACAAGCGACCAGGCGGCUGCACUAAGAUCGCGUACGCCUGCAAACGGGCCUCGUACGCGGCCUACAUGAAGAAGAGUUGCGCCAAGACUUGCGGCUUCUGUGACGCUGGCGAGAAAGGCUUCGGAGAGUUUUUCAUUGUGCACGGAGAGACCCCUGCCAAAACCGAAGAGCUAACAGCGGUAUCACACGAAGGACCUGGGAUCGAGGUUGCCUUCCUUAUCGAUUGCUCGGGCAGCAUGCGGGCCGAUGCAGACCAGCACCGCGCCAUACUGCGUGACUAUCUGACUUCCUUGGACUACAUGGCCGGUGGGGGCCUGCGCGUGUCGCUCGUUACCUUCGGUAGCGGGGCCAGCGUACGCCUUAACCUGUUCGAUGCCGACUCGGUACCACGGGUGCUUCGUAGCUUGGACGAGGUUCGCUAUGAAGGUGGCGAGACGAACAUGAAGAAGGCGUUCCAGAUCGCACGGCGACUGGUUCUGGUGCAUUCACGCAAGAAGGCACGCAAAGUCAUCUUCGUGUUCACCGAUGGGCUGUUCACGGGCCAGUCGCCCGUACAACUCGCUGCAGCGCUCCGUAAGGAAGGAGUAGAGAUGUACGCUCUGAGCUUCACAGAGCAUUAUAUGCCGGACAACAUGGAAGAACUUGUGGAUGACCCCGCCCAUGUAAAGGUUGUGACCUCAGCAAGUGACCUCCCAGCUUUGUAUUAAGAUCGUAACUGGGCGUGGCCUGCAGUAGUCUCUUUCAAGACACACCCUCGUCGUGAGGUCAUUAAAAAGAGAGCGGCUGAACAGUCUCAAAUAUUCAUUUCGCUAUUAUACGAAAGUGUAUGAAAACUAACGGUUGAAGUUUUAAUUUAUAAAUUGGUUGUUCAAAGCCUUUUGAUUGUUUAAAGCAUUAGAUAAUUUGGUAUUAAGUGUUAGCUGUAUAGUGUGUCUGUUUUGACCUUAGGGUUACUUUCAGAGACUCGAGAUUGUAUUUUUCUGGAUCUAGAGGGCGUGUCUGGUGUGUACUUUGCGCCCAUCUGACUGAGCCACUGACUCACUGAUUGCCACUUGAUGAGCCAGGCAGUGCUAUCGUGUAGGAUAACUCACAACGCUAAUGACAAGGCUAAAAUCCAGACCAUUGUGUAGGACACAAUGCAUGAAAAGACUUUACAAACACGGCUUGACCAGGCUAGCCAUGUUUUGUUAACGUUAAAGCAUACUGACGGUUAGAAGUUCUAUCCACGCUUUUACUUUAUCAAGGAUAACCACCAACGUUUUAUGAAAGGCAAUCACUGAUAAGAAAAAAAUAUGCAAUUUUUACAAGAUCAAAAUGAGUGUGUAAUAAGAUGGCUUGGGGUGAAUGUCACACUGGCAACCGAAACAAAAACAAGUCCCAUGUUAGGGUACACAAACAUUUGCUCGACUUAAUUUCAGGCAACGUGUGAAUAUUAUCGGUAAAAUUGUGCUAUGUUUCAUGGCCGAAACUAGCCACAUUGAAAUCAGUUUAAAGUAGGCCUAUAGUCCAUAACAACUAAAACAGAGAAUGUAUUUCCCGUGACUCUUGUUUACCCAUCAAAUUUAUUCUUUGAUUUAAAAUUAUCGAGUUCUUAAAACUUCUUAAAUUUAUUCGACUGUAAAUCGACUUAUGCUGUCAUGUGAUUAUUUCUUAUCAAUUAAUUUUUUCCCCUCAUAUCGCAUACAUUUUAGGAGGCAUUAUAAAACCGCAAUAAAUGUGAUUUUUUAACGGCUGCCUGA